UACAGUGUAAUACAAAAUAUCCCACGUGGUGUUGUAUUUUCUGUAUAUUAUUGAUUUCAAUAUAAUUUAUAUUUUUUUAAAAUAUAUAUAAGUUGUGUUAAUAUAUAUUUUUCAGUUUUGAUUAUAAACAAUGCAGAAAAAUCAGCCAAAGAAAUUGAAGAAAGGUUCUAAUGAAUCUGUUGCAAUGAGAAGAAUGUGUGGUUUGAUUAAAGAUAAAUCUAAAAAAAAAUCUUCCAAAAGCAAUGAUCUUAAAUUAAAUGGUGAAGGACCGAAUAAGAAAAAACGUAAAGAAAAAAUUCCAAAACAUGAUACAGAAAGCAGUGAUAGCGAUAUGGAUCCAGAAGAAUAUGAAAGAACAUUAAAGAACUUAGAGAAAAUAGAUCCUACGUUUUAUUCUUAUUUAAAAGAAAAUGAUGAAAAUCUAUUAAAAUUUAAAAUGUCAAGUGAUACGAAUUCUGACGAUGAUGAUGAUGAUGAAUCUGAAUUAUGUCAUAAACCUAACGAUAAGUUAGAGGUGGCCAGCGAUGAGAGUGAUUUUGAACAAGAAGAAAAAAUUGUAUCAACCGGUGAUAAGAUCAAACUUACAUUACAAUUAUUAAAAACAUGGCAGAAUGAUAUUCAAACUGACAAAACAUCGAAAACUAUUAAAAUUGCAAUCGAAGCUUUUCAUGCGGCAUUGCAAACCGUGCAAGAAAAUCCUGAUGAAAAGGUUACAUCAUUUAAAGUUGAAGGAAGUGCCAUAUUUAAUGAAGUCAUUCAGUUAUGCAUUAUUCAUUUAUCUGAUGCGCUCAAACGUUUUUUAAAUUUGAACACCGAUGCAUAUUUUGAGGCACACAAAUGCAAAAAAUUCAUAAAAGUAAAAAGCUCAUUAAAAUCGUAUUUAACUGAUUUGAUUAUGAUUUUACGAAAUGUUACAUCGGCUAAUAUACAAAUAGUACUUUUAAAACAUUUAUACAAUAUGUUACCGUACACUCAAUCAUUUUCUUCAUUAAAAAAACCAUUAUUAAGAGUACUAUUGAAUUUUUGGUCAACCGGAGAUGAUGCUAUCAGAAUCAUUGCAUUUUUAUGCAUAUUACGUAUGGCUAUAAAUCAAAAAGAUUCUAUACUGGAAACACUUUAUAAGACUAUGUAUUUUAAGUACGUACAAAAUUCUAAAUUUGUAUCACCUAACACAUUGGCUGGAAUAAAUUUUAUGAGACAUUCUUUAACAGAGAUAUAUUUACUGAAUCCUGAUCUUGCUUACAAAUAUGCUUUUGUAUAUAUCAGACAACUUGCUAUUUACUUAAGAAAUGCAAUAACUUUAAAGAAACAGGAACAUUUUCAAGCAAUUUAUAAUUGGCAAUAUAUAAAUUCAUUAUUCUUCUGGACCAGAUUAAUAGCAUUAUCAAAAAAACAAUCAAGCCUCUCUACUUUAUUGUAUCCUUUAGUACAGAUUAUUAUUGGAACAAUUAAAGUAAUACCAACUCAACAAUAUUAUCCUUUACGUUUUCACUGUGUGCAAAUGUUAAUUAACAUUUCUAAGGGAACGAAUACAUUCAUACCUAUUUUACCAUUUCUAUUAGAGGUAUUAUCAACUUAUGAUUUUAAUAAAAAACAUAAAAAUGUAUCAAUGAAACCAAUAUCUUUUACUUGUAUAUUAAGAAUGUCAAAGUCUCAAUUAAUAGAAAAUGGUUUUAAGGAUUCGGUAAUUGAUACUAUUUAUAAAUUAAUAUUAGAAAAUGCAGCAAAGGAUAGCCAUUUAAUAUCUUUUCCAGAAUUAUAUAUCGUAUGUGUAAUGGAAUUGAAAGCAUUUUUAAAGAAAUGUCACGUAGCGAAUUACUGUAAAAAAAUGAAACAAUUGUUGGAAAAAAUCGAAGAAAAUUCGAAAUACAUAACAGAUUUAAGAUCAAAAAAAGUAUUUAAUUUACAAGACAUUGGUGAGAUUAAAAAUUGGGAAAAUGGUGUAAAAGUAGAGGGUACAAAUUUAGCGAAAUAUUAUGAUUCCUGGAUUAAGAUACAUCAAGAUCAGAAGAUGAAAGAUAUAACGCAAAAUGAUGAAUUGGGUAAAUACGAUUUCCUUAAUUUGACAAAAUCUAAAAGGAAAUCGAAUGAAGAGGAUGCGAUGAGUAGCGAAGAGGAAAGUGAUUUUGAAUUACGAAUGAAAGGGGAAGGUGAAGAAAAUGAUGAAGACGUAUCUGUAGAAGGAUCAAAAAAUAAAAAAUUGAAAAGAAAGAAAAAAUCAACGAAGAGUAAAGUGUCCGCUAAGAAUGCAGUAGUUUAUCAAAACAUGACCGAAGAAGAUGAUGACGAUGACAGUAAAGAAGAUAUUGUUACUGAUAUCAUAGACCCGGAUGAAGUAGAUUAUUGAAAUGAAUAAUUUUUAAAAUCUAGUCUAACUUUUGGAAAAAACUAAAAACUAUCUGUUUAGAAAUACAAUUAAUAUCAAAUGUAAAAAAAUAUUUUCAAACUUAGAUAUAUAUCUCAUUUAUCUAUUAGCCCUAUUGAAGGGAACAAAAAAAAAAAGGACACUUAAUAUAAUAAUUUUCUAAUAAAACUAAUAACAAUAAUUAUCUA